AUGUGUGACUGGAUCGUCUAUAUUAACUCGAACCUGUGCUCUGUUCCAUGGGUGGGCAGUGCGGCAGCAGCAGUGGCUCCCGUUUCUCCCCCUACCCCUGGUCAGUACCAUGUCCUCUACCGAGGGUGUGGAGAAACGCAGUUGGGCUGGCAUGGGGAGACAUACUGCCUGGUUGGUGGCUACCGGGCCUACGGGGAUGUUCCUUUGGCCACGCCAGCAAAGGUGGAAGCAGAGAAGCCAGUCCCCAGAUGUGCUCCCAAGAGAAAGCACUCUCCGGGAAAGUCGAACAAAGAUCUGGGUUGCCCCAGACCCAAAAUCCGGCGAUUACAGCAUGGUGCCAGGAGGUAGACCCCACAGAAUCUUGCUGGCUGAGCCAUUCUGAAGAGAGAGCAAUGGUUUAACUCCCUAAGGCAGCGAAUGCCUCUUCCUGCUGUGACCCACCCCGUCCCCCCACUGCCCACUGCCACAGAUUAGAACCUGCGUCGUUCUGUUUUUUUUUUUUUUUUAACAUUUUUCUUUUU